GGUCCCUGAUCUGGCCUUCAGCUGCUCGACUCUUUAUCUCAGGCUCCUCACUGGCUGGCAUCAGGCAGCAUUGAAGUUCCUGAUUGUUCCCUUCAGAAUGAAUAGCUCCCAUCUCCCCUUCCCUGUGGGCCCUGCGUGGUAGCAAGAUAAGUAGAAGCUGUGAGCCACCGUCUGCCCCAGCUUGCCUUUCAAGUCCCAGACUCAAACAGCCUUCAGACCCUCCUCUCCCCAACACAGCGUUCCAGCUGGCAGGGUCAGCUGUCAUCGCUUUUGGACUAUGGUUUCGGUUUGGAGGCACCAUGAAGGACCUUUCAUCCGAGGACAAGUCCCCAGAGUAUUUUUAUAUAGGGCUCUAUGUGCUGGUUGGAGCAGGGGCCCUGAUGAUGGCCGUGGGCUUCUUCGGGUGCUGCGGAGCCAUGCGGGAGUCGCAGUGUGUGCUUGGAUCUUUUUUCACCUGCCUGCUGGUGAUAUUUGCUGCUGAAGUAACCACUGGAGUGUUUGCUUUUAUAGGCAAGGAUGUAGCUAUACGACAUGUUCAGACCAUGUAUGAAGAGGCAUAUAAUGAUUACCUUAGAGACAGAGAAAAGGGAAAUGGGACUCUCAGUACCUUCCACUCAACAUUUCAGUGCUGUGGAAAAGAAAGUUCUGAACUGGUCCAACCCACAUGCCCAAAGGAGCUUCUAGGACACAAGAAUUGCAUUGAUGAAAUUGAGGCUAUAAUCAGUGAUAAGCUCCAGCUCAUCGGAAUUGUCGGUAUUGGAAUCGCAGGUCUUACGGUCUUUGGCAUGGUAUUCAGCAUGGUCCUUUGCUGUGCAAUACGAAACUCACGAGAUGUGAUGUAAGCUGCUUCUACAUGGAAAUUACAGUCUAGAGCUUUCAUACAGAUAUCUCAGGAGCUGUCUCCUGGCUCAUUUUUAAUAUUCAAAGGACAUUAGGAGGAUCUAAAAUAAUUUGCUGUUAAUUGUACAUUUACACAUGUAUGUGUGUUUGGCUCAGCACUGGUUUACUGCUUGAGUGAAUACCUACGUAUGUUGACUGAGAACAUAUUCAUGUGUGAUCUGUGUGUUUCUGGUAUAUGCAUUAUACAUAAUGAAAUCUAUUUGCUGGAAAUUUCUGAUUCUUGUUAUGUCAGAGGAACAGUCUAUUUAGCUCUCAAAAAAAGAUCCAAAACCUUUGAUAAACUUUAAAAACUUGUCUAUUCAGAAAAAGUGAUAAUGGGUCAGUUUCUCAGACUCUAGCCAUAGAAAGUUAGAUACAGAGGAUUCAGGGAUUUUUAGUUCGCAAAAGCAAUAAGCUAUAGGAACUGAGAGAUCAUGGUGCAGUGUUAAAACGGACUGCGUCUGAGUGGGGUGUAAGGAUUUCCUGGGAGUUUUUCUGUAUACAUACUCUCUCCAGAAUACAGAAAACCACAGUUUUAGAACUAAACACAUCUGUAAAACUAAAUAUAGCAUGGAAAAUCUAAUUUGAACAAGUCAUACUUUCCUAGUAUUUAAAAGCAAAAAACCUCCCUCUGGAAAGAGUGCUCAGACAAUCAUGCCCUAUAAGAGUGAAUGUUUUUAGGACUUAAAAAAAACUUUAAGCAAAUUUAAGGAAAUAUUUUUGUUCUUAUAUAAAGACAUUUAAAUAUUG